AUGACACAACAAAGAAAGACCAUUGCCGUGGUGAACGCUACGGGUCGCCAGGCGGCGUCUCUGAUCCGUGUCGCUUCGGCAGUGGGCCACCAUGUUCGCGCUCAGAUCCAUUCGCUCAAGGGCCUCAUCGCGGAGGAAUUACAAACCCUGCCCAAUGUCACUCUCUUCCAGGGUCCCCUUCUAGGCAACACAGAGCUGAUGGACUCCCUGUUCCAAGGGGCCAAUCUUGCGUUCAUCAACACGACCUCCCAGUCUGGCGACGAAGUCGCGAUCGGACGCGCCUUGGCCGAUGCCGCCAAGCGAGCAGGAACCAUUCAACACUACGUCUACAGCAGUAUGCCCGACCACUCUGUGCAUGGACCAUGGCCUCCGGUGCCCCUUUGGGCUCCCAAGUUCACCGUGGAGAAUUACAUUCGUCAACUCGGUCUGCCCUCGACUUUCGUCUACGCCGGAAUCUACAACAACAACUUUACGAGUCUACCAUACCCCCUCUUCCAGAUGGAGCUGAUGCAGGACGGAAGCUUCGAGUGGCACGCACCUUUCGACCCGGAUAUUCCUCUCCCCUGGCUGGAUGCUGAGCAUGAUGUGGGACCGGCGCUGCUGCAGAUCUUCAAGGAUGGGCCCAAGAAGUGGAAUGGUCAUCGGAUCGCCCUCACAUUCGAGACGCUCUCCCCGAACCAGGUCUGUGCGGCAUUUUCGCGCGCUCUCGGUCGCCCAUGCCGCUACGUUCGCGUGCCCAAGGUCGAAGUCAAGGUCAACAUCCCGCCCGGCUAUCGGGAACAAUUGGAAGCCAUUGAGGUGGUGUUUGGACAGUGCGAUGCACCCUACUUCCCGCAGCCCGAAUUCUCCCGCCCUGCGGCCGGGUCACCGAAGGGCCUGGGCCCAGCCAAUGGCAAAGGUGCGGGUGCGGGAAUGAUGCAGGGUCCCGGAGGGGUCAUAUCAUUGCGUGUUACGGAUGAGGCCCGGCACCUGUGGCAGGGCUGGCGAGACAUGGAGGAAUACGCGCGUGAGGUCUUCCCCGUGGAAGAGGAAGCGAACGGGCUGGACUGGAUGUUGUGA